AUGCUGCACCGCAGUAGCGUAAGCGCCGACAGUGACGUCUUCAGGCGGACGUCCGUCCUCUCCAGGACAUCGGCCCUGUCCAGCACUUCAACUGCGCGUGCUGAGCGCCAGCCGCUUCUUCUUUCGGGUGCUCCGCCUCCCCAAGUCUUCGCGCACCCCGUCGAGUGCGCGUCUCUCACGAAUCGCGUGCUCUUUCAGUGGGUCACGCCGUCUGUGACGCUAGCGAAUCAUGGUUUGAGUCAGAAUCAGACUCAGACGCAGACCCAGUCGCUUCCGUACCAGAUCCAGCAACCACAUAGUGUACCCACAGCCAAGCGUGGCCUGCAGCAGGCGGACGUCUGGGAGCUGCCGCCUCACGCGCGAGCAGAAGCUGGUGCGAAUGCCUUACAACGCGCGUGGAUCACUCGUGGCUCACUGCCACUGGCCUUUGUAUCGACACAUGGACUGCAGUUUGCCGGACUUGGAGUACUGGACGCCAUCGUGCAGCUUUGUGACCUCAUGGGGCCCUACGUGCUCUUUCAAAUGGUGUCGCUCCUGCAGCAACAGGAGCAACAACAUGAGGAUGAAGCAGAGACGAGGAGCAGUUUGCUCUUCUGGCUGGGGACGCUGCUGGUCUCUCGGCUACUGCGUGCGCUGCUGUCGACGUUUGCUCGAGCAGAGCUGCAGACGAUGACGUUGAGACUCACCAUAGCGCUGCAGAGUCUAGUGUUCCAAAAGGCACUACGGCUACCGAGCGUCUCGACUCGGGAAGUCGACACGCUCGGCACUGUCGAUGUGAUGCAGCUACUGCAAGGUGUGGCGUGUGUACACGAACUGUGGGCGAUGCCGUUCGUUGUAGUUUUGAUUGUGGCUGUGAUUGCAAGCUUCAUUGGCGUUGCAGCAUGCGUGGCUACUGUGGUGCUAGCAGUCGGGAUGUUGCUUGUCUCUCGCCUAUUGACACAACUGCAGCUUCGGUCGCUGGACCGACUGCGAAAAACACGGGAAGACCGGCAAAAAUCUGUGAUAGGCACGGUGCAUGCUUUGCCUGCCGUGAAAUUACACGCGUGGGAGCCGGCCGCUGGCAUACGUGUGAAGGUCACUGGUGGACGUGAAUUUGCGGCCUUGUGGAAUUUCCACGUGCGAUGCGCCGCUGAAAUUGCAUUUAGCUUUGCAACGCCGGUGCUGGUGACGACUGCGGCAUUAGGGGUUGCACACCAUUCGUCUGCGCAUUCUCUUACCGCAGCAUCAGCUUUUGCCACUUUGGCGCUUGUGCGUCUCAUGCAGACACCACUCCGGGUCCUGCCCAAAGCGGUGGUGGGUGCUCGAAACGCCUGGCGAUCUCUCUGUCGGCUGUCUCACUUUAUCGACCAGGACGAAUUGGACCCGCACGCUGUAGCUCGACGCGAUAGUCUGGGUGUAACAGCCAAGUACGAUGAGCGAGAUGUCGUCAUUGCGGUUGAAGAUGCUACGUUAGUUUGGGGAAGUGGUGGACCGGUGCUUUUCCAGCAUUUGGAUCUGACUGUGAGUGCUGGCGAACUUCUUCUAGUUCAUGGACGUCCCGGUAGUGGUAAGUCCUCGUUUCUGUCAGCAUUGUUGGGUGAAAUGCAGGCGCGUGAUCGAAGCGACGGUGGAGGCGGACGUGUGUAUGUUGGUGGCUCUGUGGCUUAUUGUCCGCAGCAGCCGUGGCUGCAACAAACGCUGUCGGUGCGCGAGAACGUGCUGUUUGGUCUUCCGUUUGACCGCCGCAAGUAUCAGCUCGUGCUUGACGCGUGCGCGCUCGCUAAUUCGCUCGCAGUGUUGUCAACUGGAGACCGCACUCUCAUUCAAGAGUGGAUGCCUACCCCUGGACAGCAAGCGCUUGUGAGCCUUGCGCGUGCCUGCUACAGCGAUGCAGCAGUGUAUCUGCUUGACGAACCACUAGCACGCUGCUCCGAAUUUGUAGCACGCGAAGUCUUUGACCGGUGCUUAUCAGGUCUUUUGCGCAACAAAACGCGUGUAGUCGUCACGACGCGCAAAGAAUUUGUUAACUCGGAGUUCGUUGACGACGCGAUCCGAUUCGAAGACGGCGGUCGGCUCAUGCCCACCCGCGAUAUGUAUGAAGGCAAAGAACGUGAAGAACAGGCCGAGGACAAAGGAAGAAGUGAAGAAAGCGAAAACGUUGAUGUGGACAGGUGCGCGCACUAUUCUGCGUCUGGUCUCGACUUUUCGAGCAUCAAUGAGCCACGGGGUUCGCGGUUGGAAGGACUAGCUAGCGCGGAGCAGCUGUCGAUUGAAAAUGCUGUCAACACGACUCGCACCUCAUUGAGCGAACGACCGCUGCGCGAGUAUUUUCUGUGUGAAACAGCAGCAGAGGCCGAGUGGGGUGAGAUUGAGAGCGAACGGAUGGGCAAGUCGAUUAGGGCGUACGCGCAUGCAAUCGGUGGCGCUCGUGCAGCUGUCGCUCUUGUUGCUCUGCUACUCUUCUGGCAAGCUCUGCAGCUGCUGAGUGAGGUGUACGUUGCAUACUGGGUACGUUCUAGCAGCCACACGAGUAUGGCGGCAGAUCAGCUCAUUUACGCGUCAUUGGCGUUGGGUGGCACGUUUAUCGCCUUUGGCUACGCGCUGGCUAUUGCUGUGGUGGCAGUUGGAGGAAUGCGCCGUGCUUUCUUGUCGUUAGCAUUCGCGUUUCUACAAGCUCCUCUGGCUUUCUUUGAUGCUUUUGGUUGUGGAAAUGGCAGGGUUCGGUCGAAGCGACUCAGCCUUGCCAGAAGACGUAAGCUUGAGCGGGCUUUUACAGGCACGGAUCUUACCGACAUGGGUGUGAGGCUCCCUCUCGCAGUUGGAGCCAUACUGGUACUCGGAGCCUCAACUUUGACUGCGCUACUGACUACCGCGACGGUGACGCAGUAUUAUGUGGUGUUGAUUGCUCCGGUAUUGUACGUGUAUGUGCGUACGGCGAGGCUAUACCUGCGACCAGCUCGGGAUCUCUUUCAUCUGGGACGUCUAGCGCGACAAGCUGCUCAGUUGCAUGUAACUGAGUCACUUCUGGGUGCGCGCGUGCUACGAGCUUUUGGGCCAGUGCAUGUGAACCGUGUGUUAGGCCACCAUUUCUGGCUGCAAGAUGUUGCUGCUCGUAACAGCCAUCUCGGCUUACACAUCGACCAAUGGCUCACAUUGCGUAUCCAGCUGUACGGCGCUGUCAUCGUAGGGAUCGUAGCAUCCUCAACCAUUUUGGCGCUGCGACACACACUGAGCACUGGCACGUUGGCUCUCGCUCUAUAUGAAGCACUGGUAGUCGAUGGAGGCGCGCUCGAGUCGCUCGUCCGGGUAUGGAUUUGGUUAGGCCCGGUUCUACCGAUUGCUGCCCGAACGCAGGCGGCUGUGCGGGGAGCGAAAGCAAUUACAGAGAGUACAGCACACUCGACUGCAGCAGCAAGUCGGACGUCGGGACCAUUCAUACCCGUCCAAAGCGUAGCCAACCCUUCAUUGUCGUGGCCCACGAAGGGUGAUGUACGCUUUGAUGCGGUGAGUUUUCGUGACCCGGCAGCCGCGAACGUUGAGAUUACGGACAUAUUCGAGGCCGGUGAUGGUGGCGCGCCGCCCUUGGCUCUUAGGUGUGUAUCUUUUCGCUUACUGGCAGGAGAGAAGGUCGCCGUUUUUGAGUCGUCCGGCGUUGUUUCGUCGGUUGGACGUGCGCUACUACGUGUGCAUGAGCCAACUGCGGGGCGGAUUGUGGUAGAUGGCGUGGACAUGUCGACCUUAGAUGUGCAUACGCUUCGCUCUCGCGUGGCUUGCGUGUCGGCUGCCGCGCCCAGCGGUGCUUUAUACGACGGUUCGGUGCGUACGCAGCUUGACCCAAGCGGUGCUGAUAUCGGAGACGAGCGUCUAUGGACUGCACUGCAUGCUGUCGGACUUGCGAGCAACGUGGCUACAUUAGAUGGACUGUUGCCAGGCAUUGCUGCUCUUCAGCAAAAUCCUGCUAAUCGGCUCCGCCUGAGUCUUGCUCGUGCACUGCUGAGUGAGCCAUCUGUAGUGGUGCUAGCAUUGGCUCCUGUGCUUCUUCUAUCACCUGAGGAUGAAUUCCAAUUGCAGCUGGAGCCGUACGCUAGCCUCGACGAUGCUACACUCGAGGUCUUGCAACGUGUGAUGCAUAAAGAGCUCUGCGAUGCAACUGUUCUGCUACUUCUACCAUCUGCUGCAGCGUCACCACAGUCAGUGCAAGCUCAGAUAACAGCGUUGCUGAGUGCAGUGAGCCGCGUUCUAGUUGUGGGCAAUGGUGAAAUCGCAGAGCUUGGAACGCCUGCAGACCUUGCAACGACUGCAGCUUGUCCGGGUCAGCAGGAGAUCCUUCCUAAGGUUCUGAGUAGACUGGAGCUAUCCGACCUGGAGCAUUUUCGUGAGGAUUCUGAUCCAGUGGCUUCGCAACGAAACGAGAGACUAGAGCACCAUGUGAGCAGUGGCGAUUCAGCUACAAGAGAUGAGGCUCUGACGGACACUGCCAACAAUGCUGUCAGAUGA